AAAACAGGAAACGGAAACGCAACUUCUGCAUCAGAACAGAGAAAGAAAAACAACAUCCUAGCGUUAGCUGCUUUUUCUCUCGCUUCCAAGGAAUUUACGUCUAAAUAGCAGUGUGCGUUGUGUUUCGGGACCAUGUCUGAUACAGAGACGAAGCCUUCUACAACUGACGGAGGGGACAAGAAAGACGGUGGAGAGUACAUUAAAUUGAAGGUGAUCGGUCAGGAUAACAGUGAGAUUCAUUUCAAAGUCAAGAUGACAACGUCACUGAAGAAGCUGAAAGAGUCUUACAGUAAACGACAGGGGGUGCAGCCAGAUAUGUUGCGGUUUCUCUUUGAGGGCCAGAGGAUUCAGGACCACCAGACUCCCAAAGAGCUGGGAAUGGAGGAUGAGGACGUCAUUGAAGUGUACCAAGAACAGACCGGAGGUCUUCGGAUCGACUAAUCCAUCUCCUGCUCUCUUUAUCUCUGUCUUUAUCUGUAUGUCUUUUUUGUUUUUGUUUUGAAUCAUAUGUUCUGUUUUACUGGUUGUUAUUGGUUUUAUAUCUAUUUUCAUAGGUGAUGACAUCACAAGGUUCUG